AUGCAGGGCGCGACUUACGGCAGUGUCGCGGAUCUGCCGCAGCCUCAUGCGCCUCAUGCGCCUCAUGCGCCUCAUUCACGCUGGAGAAGGUCAUUCGUCAUCGCCUUCUCUGCUCUCUGCUGCGUUGCUGUGCUUGGCGGGGCUCUGAUGCAUUAUCGGCAUCCGGCUGUGAUGGAGGAUUGUGACGAGAUCACUUGCAUGAUGAACUCUCCGACGAAGCCUCCCGGUGCUGUACCUGCUACCCCAAGGACGCUGAGACCCGACGAAGUAUCAAAACUUCAAGAGGCAUUGAAGGAAGAGCAAGGGCUUGAACAGGAGGUGCAAAGCGACAUGGCGUAUCUUGAUGGCGAAAGCAAAGUGAAUAUCAACGUUGUAAUGAAUCCAGAGGGACCCAAAGGAAAUCCUGGGCCCAUGGGUGAGCAGGGUCCGCAAGGUGAUCCAGGUAUUCCGGGACCAGUUGGAGUUGUUGGACCCCCAGGCGUGCCUGGACGCCGAGGGAUCGUUGGACCUCAAGGACCACCGGGAGCUAUCGGUCCUAAGGGAGAUCCGGGCAAACAAGGGCCCGCUGGUCCUCCUGGCCCUGCUGGACCCUCGGGCGACACAGGAGUGGAAGGACCCAAGGGAGCGAAGGGUGCUCAAGGACCCCCAGGACCCAUGGGUCCGGAACCACCUGCAGGACCACCGGGACCCAAGGGUCCUCAAGGUCCACCGGGACCUGUUGGACCAAUGGGUAUCGCAG